GCCGAAAAAUUUUCGAUAGGUUGGUACGAACCUCACCCAGAUCCCGAAAAUGGGUCAACACCCUGUAUCUUUACUUCUGUUACCCCCGCUUGGAAUAAUCGUAAUUUGCUGAGACUUUCCGAAAAGAUUCGGAGUUGUUUAGUGUUUGCUCAUGUUAGGGCCUCGACCAUCGGCGCUUUAUCAGAAACUAAUUGUCACCCAUGGCAAUAUCAUAAUUUAAUGUGGAUACAUAACGGAAAUAUUGCAAACUUUAACAAGAUAAAGCGAAAAUUGCAACAGUCCUUAAGGGACGAAAUAUUUUUCCAUGUCCAAGGGAACACGGAUUCAGAGUGGGCGUUUGCGCUGUUUCUCAAUCAACUUGAAGACCCUAAGAAUGGAAAUUUUGAUUAUGAGACUUUGAGGAUGGCCAUGUUAAAAACCAUAGAUCAAUUAAACAUUUGGGCAAAAGAAGAAGGGAUAGAUGAGCCUUCUUUGCUCAAUUUUGCAGUGACCGACGGGCAAUCAAUAAUUUGCACUCGAUAUAUCAGCAGCAAAGAAAAUGAAGCGGCUUCUCUGUAUUUUUCUUCAGGCACUAACUUUGUGGAAUACAAACCAGGACAUUAUCGUAUGAUCAAAGCCGACAGGCGCAAUGAUAUUGUUCUUAUUGCAUCGGAACCGCUCACAUAUGAAAAAACGGAUUGGAUAACUAUCCCCUGCAACACGUGUGUGGUCAUAACCCCCAAAUUAAAUGUUCUCAUGUUCCCCAUUCGAGAUCAAUUCUACAAUCCAGACAGGACCAAAAAGCCCUGCCGAUAUUAUUCAUUAUAG